GUGGCUGGUGAGGGAGAGAGUGUUCAGCUGCCCUCGCUGUUCUUGCCCAUACAGGUGUGCACAAACUGAAGGAAUGCCAGACUGAGUCACAGGCACCUCCCUUUCCCCCCUACCUGAGUUAAAAUAAAACUGUCCCUUUCUGCUCCCUCCUGAAAAGGGAUUCCACUGCAAUUAUUCUCACCUUCUCUCCUCCUCCCUGUACACCCCUGGUGAGAGAGCCAGGCAGAGGGAGUAACUCUUAAGAGAAACAAGAGGAACAGAAGUCGGUAUUUGAUCAAAAGGGCUAGAAAUUCCUGCAAAGGUUUGUCAAGUUCAUGAGCUGCCUGUCGUCCCUGAGGAUUUAAAGGUGGAAACUGAAUGGAAAAGAGAGAAAGGGGACAAAAACAAUUAAACAGGCUAAGUUUGGAAGUCUGCUAGUGGCAGCGAAGCAGUGAAAUUCCCCUUUUGCCUUCAGAAGAAUUUCUUGGCUUGCUGUGUGGGUGACUGCUAUUUGGAUUGUUGCAGAGGAUUUGGACUUUGAAUCCGACACAGCGCUUAAUGAGGAGGAAGAGGAUGGACGUGCUGCUCCAAAGGGUGUGGGCCAGGCUGCUCCUGUUGGUCGUUGCCUGUGAUGUAUGCCUGUGCCAAAAGAGCAAAAUUAACAGCUGCGUGGCCUCCAGGGCGAGAAGCUGCACGGCGUGUAUCCGAGUGGACAAGACCUGCUCCUACUGCACAGAUGAGAUCUUCAAAGAAUCCCGAUGUGACCUGAGAGAGAACCUGAUGAGCUAUGGCUGCAGUGAGGCCAACAUCAUGUCCGUGAGAGGGGAAAUGCAGGUGCAGCAGAAUUUUAGCAUUGACACAUCUCUGAAGAAAACCCAGGUGGCCCCGCAGCGGAUGUCCAUGCGGCUGAGGGCAGGUGAAGAGGUCAGCUUCGACAUGGACGUCUUCCAGCCCCUUGAGAGCCCCGUAGAUCUCUACAUUCUCAUGGACUUCUCCUACUCCAUGUCAGAUGACUUGAGCAACCUCAAAAAGAUGGGGCAGAAUCUAGCGGAAUUCCUGCAAUCCCUGACCUCCAAUUACACCAUCGGAUUUGGCAAGUUUGUGGACAAAGUCUCCUCUCCACAAACAGACAUGAGACCUGCUAAGCUGCAAGAACCCUGGAGGGAGGCCGACCCGCCCUUCUCCUUCAAGAACGUCAUCCGCCUGACCAGCAACAUCAAUCAUUUCAGCCAGGAACUGAUGAAAGAGCGCAUCUCUGGCAACCUGGACGCCCCGGAGGGGGGGUUUGAUGCCAUCCUGCAGGCAGCCGUUUGCAAGGAGAACAUUGGCUGGAGGACUGACAGCACUCACUUGCUGGUCUUCUCCACCGAGUCCGCCUUCCACUACGAAGCCGAUGGCACCAAUGUCCUGUCGGGGAUUCUGCCGAGGAAUGACGAGGCGUGUCAUCUGAACCAAGCGGGCACCUACACCUAUGACACCUGGCAGGACUACCCCUCUGUGCCCACCCUGGUGCGCCUGUUGAGCCGGCACAACAUCAUCCCGAUCUUCGCCGUCACUAACCACUCCUACAGCUACUAUGAGAAGCUGCACAAGUAUUUCCCCAUCUCUGAAAUUGGGGUGCUGCAGGAAGACUCCUCCAAUAUCUUGGAGCUAAUUCGUGUGGCCUUUGAGCGUAUCCGUUCCAAGCUGGACAUCCGGGCGGACUUAAUCCCUAAGUCCAUGAAGACAGACUUUACCUCCUUGAAAUAUGAAAAGACAGAGUCUGGCUCGUUCCAAGUCACCCGAGGGGAAGUGGGCCGCUUCCAGGUGCAUGUGAAAGCUCAGGAAUAUGUGGGCGGGGAGCACGUCUGCAACCUCCCCGAGGAAGACCAGCAGGGGGAAAUCCAUGUGAAACCCUCCUCUUUGAGUGACAGCCUGAAAAUUGAGGCCUCUGUCAUCUGCGACAUCUGCCCCUGCGAACAGCAAAAGAUGGUUCGAUCGUCCCAGUGCAGUUUCAAUGGGGACUUUGUCUGUGGGCAGUGCACCUGCUACCCAGGCUGGCGAGGGGAUAUGUGUGACUGCUCCACAGCCUCUUCCAGCGACAACCAGGCCUGCAUCCGGCCUGGCGACUCGGAGCCCUGCUCGGGGCGGGGCGAGUGCCUCUGUGGGAAAUGCCAGUGCUAUUCCGAAGACCUGACCCAACGCUAUGACGGCGACUACUGCGAGUACGACAGCUUCCAGUGCCGGCGCACCUCCGGCUUCCUCUGCAAUGACCGCGGUCGCUGCUACAUGGGCCAGUGUGCCUGUGAAAGCGGCUGGGGGGGCGAAGGCUGUGAAUGUCCCACCAGCAAUGACACCUGCAUCGACAGCAAAGGGGGGAUCUGCAAUGGCCGCGGGAGAUGCGAGUGUGGCCGGUGCAUCUGUGACAAGCCUUCUCCAUACAUGGAUCCCACCUGUGAAAUCAUCCAGUCCUUGUUCUUCCUGGGGAUGUGCGAGGAUGUUCGAAGCUGUGUCCAGUGCCAGGCCUGGGGGACCGGGGAGAAGAAGGGGCAGAAAUGCAAGGACUGCCCUUACAAGAUCCAGAUGGUGGACGAACUGCAAAAAGCGAAGGAGGUGAGCGAGCACUGCUCGUUCCAGGAUGAGGAGGACGACUGCACGUACCACUAUACCCUGGAAGGGGAGCCCAGCACGAUGCGCAACAACACCAUCCUGGUGCAGAAGAAGAAAGAGUGCCCACCGGGAGGCUUCCUGUGGCUCAUCCCCCUGCUCAUUUUCCUGAUGUUGCUGCUGGGGUUGCUGCUGCUGCUCUGCUGGAAGUACUGCGCCUGUUGCAAGGCUUGCCUGGCCCUGCUGCCCUGCUGUGCACGAGGCCGCACCGUCGGGUUCAAAGAGGAUCACUACAUGCUGCGGCAGAGCCUCAUGGCUUUGGACCACCUGGACACCCCCAUGGUGCGCAGCGGCUCUCUGAAGGGCAGAGACACCGUCCGCUGGAAGAUCAACAACAACGUCCACAAGCCGGGCUUCUCCGCCCACGCCGCCACGAACCCCAAGGAGCUGAUUCCUUAUGGCGUCUCGCUGAGACUGGCCCGGCUUUUCACUCAGAACCUCAUGAAGCCAGACAGCCGCGAAUGUGAGCAGCUGCGCAAGGAGGUGGAGGAGAACCUGAACGAUGUCUACAAGCACAUUCCUGGUGCCCACAGUCUCCAGCAGACCAAGUUCAGGCUGCAGCCCAACGCUGGAAAAAGGCAGGACCACACGAUUGUGGACACGGUGCUCACCGCUCCCCUUUCGGCCAAGCUGGACAUUGUGAAAGCGACAGAGAAACACGUCUCUCAGGAGGCUUUCAAUGAGCUGAAGGUGACACCGGGUUACUAUACCGUGACUUCUGACCAAGAUGCCCGUGGGAUGGUGGAGUUCCAGGAAGGAGUGGAAUUCGUGGACGUCCGGGUCCCACUCUUCAUCAGGGAUGAAGACGAUGAUGAAAAGCAACUGCAAGUGGAGGCCAUUGAUGUCCCCAUGGGAACUGCGAAGAUUGGACGCAGGCUCGUCAAUAUCACCAUCAUCAAAGAGCAAGCCAGCAGCAUCAUCACCUUCCUGCAGCCCGCCUAUUCUCAGAGCCGCUUUGACCAGGUGGCCAGAAUCCCGGUGUUUCGGGAGAUCUUGGAAAGCGCCAAGUCCCAGGUCACUUACAGAACUCGGGAUCUCACUGCCAAGGAGGGCAAGGACUACGUCUUCACAGAGGGCGACUUGGUCUUCCAGCCUGGGGAGACGCGGAAAGAGGUGCAGGUGCCACUGCUGGAGCUGACUGAGAUAGACGCCCUUCUGCAAAACCGCCAGCUCAAACAGUUUUCCAUGGAUCUGCUCAACCCCAAGUACGGCACCAAGAUCGGCAAAUACCCACAGACCACGGUGACCAUCACUGACCCAGAGGUUGUGGAUGGCAUGCCAAUCCCCAUUGGCUUGGCCCAGCUCUCUCAGUCUCCCAGAGGCAAGCUGGGUGCCCCACUCAACCCGAACGCCCAGGCUCUGAGCUCCAGGAAAAUCCGCUUCAACUGGUUACCGCCCCCCGGCAAACCCUCAGGGUACAAGGUGAAGUACUGGAUCCAAGGAGACCCCGAGUCGGAGGCCAAGCUAAUCGAGUCCACAGUGCCCUCGGCAGAGCUGAAUAACCUGUACCCCUACUGCGACUAUGAGAUGCAGGUCUGCACCUACAGCAGCAUGGGCGAGGGGCCCUACUCUGACGUCAUCCACUGCCGCACCCUGCAGGAAGUUCCUAGUGAACCUGGGCGUCUGGCUUUCAACGUCGUCUCUUCCACUGUGACGCAGCUGAGCUGGGCUGAGCCGGCUGAGACCAACGGGGAGAUCACAGCCUAUGAAGUCAGCUACGGACUGGUCAACGAGGACAAUAUUCCCAUUGGGCCUGUGAAGAAGGUGAUGGUUGAGGAGCCGAAGAAGCGCAUGGUCCUGAUUGAAAACCUGCGGGAGUCACAGCCGUACCAAUACACCGUGAAAGCCAGGAACGGAGCCGGCUGGGGGCCUGCGCGAGACGCAAUUAUCAACCUUGCCACGCAGCCCAGGCGUCCAAUGUCCAUUCCCAUCAUCCCCGACAUCCCGAUCAUUGAUGCCGAGGGCGGGGAAGACUACGACAGCUACCUGAUGUACAGCGCAGACGUGCUGCGCUCCCCGACCGGCAGCAAGCAUCCCAGCGUCUCCGAUGAUUCCGAGCAUCUGCUGAAUGGCCGGAUGGAUUUCACCUUCCCCGGCAGCGGGGGCUCCCUGAGCAGGACCUUGCACACCAGCUACAACCAGCUGUCCUCGCACAUGCACCAGGACAGGAGGCUGAUGGGCAGCUCGUCUCUGACCAGAGAUUACAGCACAAUGGGCUCAGGAUAUGACCAGCCAGGGAGGAUUCUCCCUCCCCUCCGUGAAGAUGCUGGCAGGGUGGCUCUGCUGCCCCAAGACGUAGGUGUGAGGAGCAGGGCACAGGCGAAGGGUUCCUAUGCCAGCAAUGGCUUUCGGGAUUCUAUAAUCAUGCCUGAUGGGCUCACUGGGAUUUCCAAGUACAUAGAUUACAGAAUGCCCCUCGGCGUCCCCGACACGCCCACCCGCCUGGUGUUCUCCGCGCUGGGGCCCACCUCCCUGAAAGUCAGCUGGCAGGAGCCGCAGUGCGAGAAGGAGGUGCAGGGAUACAACGUGCAGUACCAGCUCCUCAGUGGAGGAGACAUGUACAGCCUGAGCAUCCCCAACCCAGCUCAGAACUCGGUGGUGGUGGACAACCUGCUGCCCAACCACUCCUACAUAUUCAGGGUGAAGGCCCAAAGCGAGGAAGGCUGGGGGCCCGAGAGAGAAGGUGUCAUCACCAUUGAGUCCCAGGUGGAUCCGCAGAGCCCGCUGAAUCCCGUACCAGGUUCCCCGUUUACACUGAGCACCCCCAGCGCGCCGGGACCCCUGGUGUUCACAGCCUUGAGCCCGGACUCGCUUCAGCUCAGCUGGGAGAGACCCCGCAAGCCCAAUGGGGCAAUUCUGGGCUACAUGGUCACCUGCGAGAUGCUACACGGAGGAGGAGAAGCCAGGACUAUCUACGUGGAGGGGGACAGCCCAGAAACCACCUUGACAGUGCCCCACCUGAGCGAGAACAUCCCCUACAAGUUCAAAGUGCAGGCCAAGACCACCCAAGGGUUUGGGCCAGAGAGAGAAGGCAUCAUCACCAUUGAGUCUCAAGAUGCAGGAGCUUUCUCACAGUUCGGAGGACAGCAAUAUAUGAGAGAGGAAGUGUACAACCUCCCCAUGGAGUACAGCACCAACACCACCAUCAGCCACUCCUCUCUGGAUCCCUACUACACUGAUGGCAUGUUGAUGACCACGCAGCGAGUGGAGAGCGGUGGCACCCUCACCAAGCAGGUGACCAAAGAGUUCGUCAGCAGGACCAUGAUGUCCAGCGGAACCCUCACCAACCAGAUGGAGAGACAGUUCUUCGAAGCCUGAACUGGGGAAAGCCCGCCAAAGGGGCGUGUUCAGCCUGCUGAGCUUUUCAGGCAGACUCGCGCUCGGGUCAGCGGCCAGGAGCGGGGCUGCUGUGCUCCCCCAAUCCCUCCUGGCCAGAGCACUGCAGUGGCGCCUGCCACACUGGUUGCUCCUUUGACGCCCGCUGCCAUGGAGGCAGCAGCAUAGGCAGCAGCUGGAGUGGCAAGCGUGUGAGCGUCAUUUGGAGCUCGGCAUUUCCAGGCCGGCCAGCCUUGGAGCUCCACUGAGUGGUCUGUUGGAGGCUUCUCAGUGCAGGGUCAUUGGCCAACCGGUUUUGGAGUCCCGUGGGGUAUAACCCUUACUUGCUGACUUUGUGUGUGCGCACUGCCCACCCAUGCUCACACCGCUGGCCUCCUGCUGGGCAUCUGACUACAUUGGGCUUCCACUUGUGUUUAAAUGGCCUGUCACCUGCUGCCUUGCGUGCUCCCUGCCAAGCACGACAACUUUUUAUUUUCCCACCCCCCCAUCUGUUGGCUCAGCCCUGCUCUCCCCCUAUUCAUUUCACCAGUGGAGGCAACUCCCUUGUGUCCUGCAAAUGCUCCCAGUUAUAAGCCUGUGUUGUCACAUAGCUGGCCAGGCAAAUCACUGCAUUCCCACCCCACCUGUUGGUGUACAGCCCCCUGCUGCUAACCUGUGGUACUGCAGUGACAGCUUACCCUUCACUUGCCUAGCACUACCCACAAGGGGCUAUGAUGCCUUUUUGCUUAAACUCUUGCACAGUUUUCCUAGGCCAGAUACAUACAGUUUACUUUAUAAAGAAACGGAGGUAGCUGAGCUCUACAUGGAGCAUUAAGGAGACACAGCUUUUGGGAAACAUCUGUACUAGCGAAGGCUGGUGAAGGAACCCAAUCCAAAUCCACUGGGGAAACUCCCAGUGACUUCAACGGGCUUGCGCUCAGUACCUAAGGCCUCCGCCAUUGGCUUCUUUAGUACAGCAACCCCAGCUCACACAGCACCCCAGAGGGACGAGCAUACGCCAGCCCAGCUUAUGGCAGCUACAGUGUACACUUGGGCAAAGGCCAGGUAAAGCCCGGAGGACUAGAGGGCAGAAGCAGAACAACUAGUGAGUAGCGUAAGCGCCGAGGAAAUACCCCAUAAACAAGCAUUUGGUUACAAACCUAAUAUUCAAAAUUUUUGUUGGUGUCACAAUUCCCACAGUGGAGCUUAGUGCAGUUUAGGCAGAUAACACUGUGUGACUUGGAAAGGCGUUUGAGCCCCCCCACCCCACCCCACCCCACCCAGCAUAUUACAUGCCACUUCACCCAGUAACUCCAAGGUGAUGGCAGAGAGAGAGAAAUGUAUGGGAGGGGCUAGUCUCUCCUUUGGAACGGUAGGAGGGGCUAGUCUCUCUCCUUUGGAAUGGUGGGAGGGGCUAGUCUCUCUCCUUUGGAACAGAUCAACUAUUGGCCUCAGCCAUUCUCA